UUUACGACAGCCGCUUCUGACUGGGCGUGUUGGCAGAAGGAGACGAAGAAGAAAGUGCCAACAUGGCGUUUACUCUGUACUCUCUCAUCCAGACCUUGAUUCUCUGCGUCAAUGCCAUCGCUGUGCUGCACGAGGAGCGGUUUCUCAGCAAGAUGGGCUGGGGCGUGGACCAUGGAGUCGGAGGGUUCGGGGACGAUCCAGGAGUCAAAGCCCAGAUCCUCAAUCUCAUCCGCUCAGUCCGGACGAUCAUGAGAGUGCCGUUAAUAAUCGUGAAUUCUGGCUGCAUUGUCCUCUUGUUGCUGUUUGGUUAACACCAGGACCAAAUAUGUGGACCGGACACGAGCCAACGAACAACUACACACAGACGCACACUAAAAUGUGUGUAAAUGUGUGUAGAGACAUCUGCCGUUGCUGCUCUUCAGAAGCGCGGACAAUGUUUUAAUGGUUUUCAGUGGAACAGAGGAAAAGAAGAAGCAGAGACAAACAUGUUCAGAGCUGAAACAUUAAAGGAUUCAGAGUCAACAAUACACCGUGUAUCAACCGCUGACCUGCCUGUUGUCAGCGAGUCGCCUCAUGGACCAGACCUGAAAGUAAUGUGUGUUUUACAUGUUUCAUCACAGACACAUAUAAGUGAAUCUGUUUUAGUGAUUUCAUGAUAAUAUAGGUCAUGUUUAAUUUUGGAGUUAUAGAGGAGGAGCCUGUUACCUUUUUUAUAGAUAUGACAAAUGUCAGCAGCAGUAUUUCCUGUUUCACCUCUCACACACACACACACACACACACACACACACACUACAUUGAUGAGAUGGACUCUGUAACAUAGCAGAUAUCAGUGUUCAGAUCUGCUUCUAGCCAGCUCAAGGUGCUUUUAGAUGAUGUUUGGAGAUCUUAAAUUAUGCUGCUGCCCAAAUUUCUACCUGUAAUAUUUGUCACUUGAACAGUUUUUGUAAACAUAGACAUCUGUAAGAGACAGAAGGAGAUAUUCAAGAUUUGUCAAAGUCUCUUACUUUUUAAAAAGUUUUUUCUACUCGUGGUCCUGCAGAACUUUGGUGGAUAAGAGCUGAAAGCUCAGUGUUUGAUUGAAUAUUUGUCAUGUGAUCUUGAAGCAAUACGGCCAAACCGAACUCAAAACAUUAUACCUUUUGUACUGUUUACAUAUAAACACCGUCUCAAUGUCACAGACAUUACUGAGAUGGUAUCUUGAAAUAUUAAAAUGAUUAUUUACUGUAA